AUGGCGGCGAAGCUGGGCGAGAUUGAGGAGCUCGUCGAGGAGAUCCUCAUCCGCCUCCCUAAGGACGAGCCUGGUAAUCUCCUCCGCUCCUCCCUCGCCUACAAGCCAUGGCGCGACCUCCUCGCCAGCCACGCCUUCCGUCGCCACCACGACGACUUCCACCGAACACCUCCCAUGCCUGGCUUCCUCCGCGACUGGCCGGAACUCAGCAUCGAGUUCUUCCCCACCACGGAUUUCCUGGCGCGCGGUCCCGACCCCCAGCACCAAUAUGCCGUGGAAGAUUGUCGCCACGGCCGUGUCCUCCUUCGGUACUUCGAUGAGGAUGAGGAUAUGCCAUUGCUGGUCAUCUGGGACCCCAUGACGGGCAGCGAAACAGUGCUUGGCAGCCUCGAAAUGUCGGAAAAGGCAAGGUCGUUUGCCUCAGUGAUCUGUGCUGCGGACAGCUGCCGCCACGGUGACUGCCAUUCCGGUCCAUUCCGCGUCGUUUUCGUAAUCCUUCACCAGGAAGAGGAGGUCGCUACGGCGUCCGUGUACUCAUCGGAGACGGCUAGUUGGAGCUCUUCGGCGGUCACCGAUGUUGGUACGUUUGAGGAUGAAGUCUAUUUCUCCAUGCCUAGUGUCCUCGCAGGAGACGCGCUCUAUUUCCUCCUUUUCCGGGGCCAGGAUGUUGAAGGUUGCAGUAUUCUCAAGUACGACUUGGGAACCUCCUGUCUGUCAGAGAUUCAUCUGUCGGAGGAGAUGCAGGAUGCCAGCGACAAUCCUAUCCUGAUGGUGGGGGAAGACGCGGCGGCUGGUGUUGUCGUUGAAGCAUCAAGUGAUGAUGAUGGACAUGGCAAUGAGGAAGCAGAAGUCUCAAGCAUUGAAGAAGUUUAG